AUGCGUUCGGAGGUGAAUGAUUCUUCAGUGUUUACCAUUGAAGGUUACAAAGUGACGACAACCAAAUCGGUUGCAGAUCAAGAAUACAAAAGUUAUACCUUCGAUGAAGUGAUCGAUAUAAUAGGAUUCGGCAGAACUAGGUUGCACAUAUUUAUAGCUUCGUCUAUAAUCAUGAUGGCAGUGUUAAAUGAAACUAUGGGCAUUUCAAUCAUAAUCCCAGCCGCCCAGUGUGAUCUUCAUCUAUCUGCCACGGAUAAAGGCUUAUUGACUGGAGUAAGCUUUGCGGGCAUUAUCGUUUCGUCACACUUCUGGGGUUAUAUUGCUGAUACGAAAGGUCGUCGAAGGACGCUCAUCGUGUCACUGAUGAUGACCGCCAUCUGUGCACUGGUUUCCGGUUUAUCCAUCAACUAUACAAUGAUGGUGGUUAUGCGUUUCCUGGUGGGAGUUUUCAUUUCUGCACCAUCGGCUACCAUCUUUGCUUACCUGGGAGAAUUUUUCACAACUGCUAACCGUACCGUGGUGAUAACGUAUGCCAGUGUAGCGGUAGGACUAUCAGCUGUUUUCACUGCAAGCACUGGUUGGUAUGUGCUAUCGUUCACCUGGACCCUAGGUGUUGCGGGGACGGAACUUGUCCUCAAGCCUUGGCGUCUUUUAUUUUUUGUGUACACGUUACCCACGCUGAUAGGAGCAGUGUGGCUUGUGGUACUUCCGGAGAGUCCCAAGUUUUACCUUUCCCGCGGACGCGAAUCGGAAGGGUUUGCUAUUCUUCUGCGACUCUACCUAGAAAACCACCCUCAUGCAACCGCGGAUGAUUUUCCCGUCAAACACAUUAUCCCUGAAGCGGGACAAAAAGAUCGCAGUGCAGCACCGAAAGCAUCCGGAGGUUUCUGGCACAUCACUAACAGCGUUUGGAAUCAAACGGUUCCUCUGUUCCAACGAGCCAAUGUGGCAAAUUUUACCAUUUGCUGUGCAGUGCAGUUUGGACUGUUUGUAGUUUCUGCAGGAAUGGGGCUAUGGUUUCCUGAUAUCAUUAACCGACUUACUACAUCGAAUGUUUUGGAUGCUACUGUUUGUGAAGCACUGGAUGUAUCUAUGCGCGUAGACUUUGAACAUGAGCUGGAACAUGAAGUCAUAAUCGGCGAUGCAGCGUGUAAUGACAACAUCAAUGAACGAGUUUUCGUCUACGCUAUCGCCUUGGGCGGAUUAUAUACGGUGCUGUAUCUAGUCAUGUCUGUGUUGAUGCGUAUAUUGGGUCGCAAGUGUUUGGUUGCAUUUAACUUAUUCUUCUCGGGAUUCUCCGGGAUCGCGCUACAAUUUGUAGUCCAUCCAUACAUUACUAUGGCACUCUUCUGUUCGUUUUUAGUGUUUGCCGGUACAUCCAUUUCCAUUCUCAAUGGCGCCACUGUAUCGUUAUUUCCAACAAAUGUUCGAGCGAUGGCCGUGUGUUUGAGCCUAAUGAUGGGGCGUCUGGGAAGUGUGUUUGGAAGUAAUUUAGUAGGGCUCAUCAUGGAAGAAAACUGCACGCUUACAUUUAACCUGUUUGCCACUGGUUCUAUAAUUUGUGCCGUUUUAACAAUAAUGUUGCCUAGUUAG